AUGGUUGUCACCUUCGCCCCAGCUGGUGUCACCACUGAAGUCAAGUCCGUUGAAAUGCACCACGAACAAUUAACCGAAGGUGUUCCAGGUGACAACGUUGGUUUCAACGUCAAGAAUGUUUCCGUUAAGGAAAUUAGAAGAGGUAACGUCUGUGGUGACUCCAAGAACGACCCACCAAAGGGUUGUGACUCUUUCUCCGCUCAAGUUAUUGUCUUGAACCAUCCAGGUCAAAUCUCCUCUGGUUACUCUCCAGUCUUAGAUUGUCACACUGCUCACAUUGCUUGUAAGUUCGACACUUUAAUCGAAAAGAUUGACAGAAGAACUGGUAAGAAGAUGGAAGACAACCCUAAGUUCAUCAAGUCCGGUGAUGCUGCUAUCGUCAAGAUGGUUCCAUCUAAGCCAAUGUGUGUUGAAGCCUUCACUGACUACCCACCAUUAGGUAGAUUCGCUGUCAGAGAUAUGAGACAAACUGUUGCCGUCG